UUAUAAUUAGGCUGCAAACAAACACUUGAAAAACCCUCUCCACUAAACCCCACAGACUCAUAACAUGGCGGAAGCUUCAUCGACUUUGGAAUCAAAUGCUUCCUCAGAUGAUUCCAUCAUCAAAAGCAUUCAAGAAACCAUCUUUUCCGAGUUGGGUUUGAUCCCCGAAACCACAACAGAGGAUAAACAACUCAAUCCAUCGAUUCCUGUAGCUCAAAUUGACGAUUCACAUGUCCAAAAAGUGCUAGAUUUAGGUCAAAACAAUGACACCCAGAUCACAAAUUCCACUAAUUUGUUACCAACGGAAUCAAUUGAUGAAAUAAAGCCAGAACAAAACGUGGGUUUGACAGAGGGUUUGAAGAGGAAUGAGAAAACCGAAAUCAAGAAAGAAAAAAGGGUUAGAAAAAGGGGAAAAGGGUUGAAAAAGCAGGCGAAUGAUGAUUUCGAAAGGGUAAGUGUGUGUGAUUGUGAUAAAAGAGGUGAUAAGGUGAGAGUGGUGUAUACAAGAGAAGAAAUUGAGGGUUUGAGGGAUGUUGGGAUUGAACAACAAAAGAAGAAGUGGUUUGAGGUUUACUGUGGGCUUGGAUCAGCUGUGGCGAAGGAGUACGAUAAUUUGACGGGUUGUAAGCAUGAUGACGAGGGGAAUUAUGUGAGUUUUGACCCUCGGCUUCAGUUUGCCAACAAAAAGGGUGUUGCUGCUGAUAGCCUUGGUGACGAGUCUGAAAACGUUAGUUCCAAAUUGCAGAAUAUGAACCAAGUGGAUGAUUUAUCUGGUGUUAACGUCGAUGAUUUUGAUGGAGAGGAAUAUUGCUACGAAGACGAAGAUAGCAGUGAUUCAGAAUAUGUUAGCAUCCAAAGGCCUGCGCUUUAUGUCACUGGGGAACCUGAUUUUGAUUCGGGCCCACCACAAGACGGGCUAGAAUAUCUUAGGCGGGUCAGAUGGGAAGCAAAGCGUAUACCAAAGGUGACGAUUGCAAAGGUGGAGAAAAAGGUGAUAAACAAAGAACAGACUGUCUAUAUGCCAAAUAUUCCGGAUAUUGCAGCAUGUCCGGAACAUUUGAUGCCAUCAAAAGAGUGGGAAGAUGUUUUUCUUGCUGAUUUUUCAAAGCUUCGGCUGGCGUUAUCCGAGUUCGAAAGUUCUGAUUCCACAUUCUCUGACCAAAUCGAAUCAAUCCCCCUUGCUCAGAGCAUUAUAGACAAUACGAUUCAAGAAAAUCUCGAUUUCUGCCCGACAGAUGAUGACACAAUCACAGUUCAAGAAAAUCUUGAUGUCAACCAAACAGAAGACAAAACCACCAUCUGUGACUGGCCCAGCUUGCGAACCAUCAUGGAGACGGAACCCAGGGCCCGCGUGGCAAUGCUGAGAAAGCGGAUAAUAUCCGUGGAGCAGAUGAGCUAUCUGGGUCGACCCGACUGUGCUUGGUUGUUUGCUCUUUGUGCAGCCAUCGAUACACCUCUAGACGCUGACACAAGCGCUUCACUUCGUUGCCUGUUGAGAAAAUGUGCGACCCUGCGGGCUGAAAAAGCGAGUCUUGAUGAUGAAGUUAUCAUGCUGAAUAUAUUAGCAACUAUAUCUGGCAAGUAUUUUGGGCAGUUGGAAAAAAAUUAGUUGAAACGCCUAACAGAAAUGAACGAUUGAGUUUUUGAUCUGAGAUGGGAUUUUGAGAAAGAUAGUUUUUUGAAACAUGUUUUUAGUUAUAAAGGUGGUGGUUUUAUGGCUAAUUCCAUGAUGUAGCUCGCGGUUUUGUCAUGGAUUAACAUUUUCUUUUUUGUUUAAAAGCGUAUAUGUUUUGAUGGCUUGUAGAUUGUAAGAGUGUAAUCAAGUCGAAUACAAGGUUAGGUUAAUCUAAACUUGAUACGAAUCGUCAGUUUUGAGAAUGGUUACUUGAACUCA